AUGAAUAAUCAAUUCGUUUUUCGUCGUGCUGAUAUUUCUGAUAUCGAUAAAUUAUCUAUACUUUGUCAAAAAACUUAUCAUGAAUCAGUUGUCGAAGAUUUAUCUGUUUGUUAUCCGGAAAAAGAUCUCAAUUAUUAUUUACAUUCAGCAGCUAGUCCAGAAUGGUUUACAAAUACGAUUUCUGAUCCAAAACGAGCUGUUUGCGUAGUAGAAGAUCAAACAAAUGGUGAAUUUGUUGCUUAUGCUGUUGCUGGUUCUUCUUGUAUUGAUGCUAUUCCUCAUCCUGAUAUUUGUUCAGAUAAAGAUGGAGCACUUUAUCGAUUAUAUGUUCGACGUGAUCGACAAUCUUAUGGAUUUGGUAAACAAUUGAUGAAUGUUGUUUUAUCCUGGUUAGAAGAACAUUAUCAUGGUCAACCUGUAUGGUUAACUGUAUUCUCAGAAAAUUUAAAGGCACAAAAAUUUUAUACACACUAUGGUUUCAACAAAGUUGGUGAAUGGGAUUUUCCUAUUGGAGAAUGGAAAGAUCAUGAUUUUAUUAUGAAACGUGAAGCUAACACAUCCUAA